AUGGGAUUUUUGAGUGGUGUUCUCAGUAACAUCAAAGACCAUUUAGGGCAGCAUAAAACACAAAUUAAUGAAGCAAUUGACGCACUUAACACCAAUAAACACCUUGGUAAAAACGGUUUUAAUGUUGCGAUUGGAAGUGUGGUCGAAGGGGUGCGGGGGUAUAAUGAUGGUGUCAUGAAGUCUAAUAAUAAGGUGAGUGAACCGAUAAAAACGAUGGCAACAAGAAUGAAUAAAUACACGGAAAAGGCCUUAAAACCGUUACUUAAAGAAAAAGAUUACGAAAAACCUGAAGAAGUUCAGAAGGCUGUCGAGCAGAUUGACAGGGAGCUGGAGUACUGUAAAAAUGACGCAAAAGAGUUUAAUGAAGCUUUUAAUUUCACAAACAGAGAACAAAUGAAAAAAGACGUUGAAGAUCUUAAUGCACCUUUAAGUGUCAAAGUAAAGAGUGUCGCUGAGAGUGUCAAGCAUGAGAGUGACAGGCUGAGUAGGAUGGCGGAGAGGCAGAAAAAUGAGUUAAAGGAGACGACGGAAAAAAUCAAAAAAACGUUGGGUGAUUUAAAAGUAAGUGUUGACUGCAAAAUAAAUGACGACAUGAAAGAGUUUGUUAAAAAUUUGAGAAGCAAAAUUACGCCAAUUAAGAAAAUUUUGGAUGACAUCACUGCGCAACUGUCGCAGUAUAUUAUCGAUUUGCAGACGUGGAUGAAUGAGACUAAAGAUUUUAUUGACAAAGUACGGCAAAAUGAAGUGAAGAAAAUCGUUAACGAGACGAGCGACAAGCUUACUGGUAAAACGAAUCUAAUUGACGAUCAAAGAAAAGAGAUGUUGAAGUUCAAAAAAGAUCUUACUACUCAUAUUGAAAGCGUUAAAAGUAUUGUUAAAGACAAGGUAGCAGAUGCAAAAAAUGCAAAAGUUGCGCAGCUGGACGGGUGGAAGACUGCGGCAGGGAGCGUUGUAAGCGCGGCGCAGGGGAAGUGUGAGCAGAUUGGUAAGAUGGUGGAGACUGGAAAUGCUGGCGAUAGAAGUAAAAUUUAUGGGUUAGCCAGCGGUAUGAAAGAAAAGGCAGAUAAGCUCAGGGAGGCGGCGGAGACGGUGAAGAGUAGUAUUGAGAGUUGGGUGAGAGGAGCGGAGCAGGCUGUAAACCAUUUGGAAAAUCAGCUUAAAGAAGAUUUGCAUGGGCUUAAAACUGCAAUCAUUCGUAAGACACGAGAGUAUGUUGAGAAGUUAAAAGGUGAGGUUAAAGUUGAAAACACUGGGGGCCAAGUCAUCGUGAAAAUCGGGGAUACGCCGAUUGGUAGCGUUGAGGGCCUUAGAGAUACUGUUAUCGCAAAGUGGUUGCAAUCUUAUGGCAACACAGGUAACAAAGGAUUCAAGGCUUAUAUGUUAAAGACAGAACUAGAUGAACUUACAAGUUCACAGAAUAUUGCAGUAAAAGAAAGAAGAGAUGCGACUUGUAUUGAGGCUAUCGUUGAAGAUUUUAACAAACACAUAGAGGACCAUCUGCCUAACGAUUUGGAAGCGCAAAGAACGCACGGAAAUUCAUAUGUCCAGCUUACUCAUCUUUCGCCUUCCUUCACCAAACCUGGUUCCACCAGCAGGGUGGCCAAUAGCAGGAGAGAAACUUUGACACAUAAGAUCAAGCAAAUUCAACAAGAUGUAACCAGUCGGUUGCCAAUGAUUAAACCAAAUCCCAUCGAGACUGAGAUUACCUCCGAUACGUUUGGACAAUCAUUCACUACCAUCGAGCAACACCUCCAAACCAUCGCAGGGCUGGUUGACAGCAGCAAAAAAAACUCGAACUCAAACGAUGGCAUCCAACAAUAUUUAAACGACUUGAAAGACAGAGGUUUUGAAACCGGUGAUGGCAGCACAUGGACGCCACUAGCCGGUGCAGCAUCCAAAGGCCUCAUGACAAUCAAGCAAGACAUUAUUACCGCGCUGGACGGUAUCGACACAUACGCUUCCGACAUCUCCGUUUCCUACAUAACCGAUGGCCUAGAUAAGGUUUCCACCGAAAUCACGAAACACCUUGGAGAUCUCGAGCAAGCUAUAGAUCAAACCACGAAUGCCGUCCAUGCGAAAUUGAUCGCUCUGAAAGACGAUAAAAUUGGUAACGCUGCGAAUCGCAAGACAAUCAAGGAGAACACCUUACAAGCCAUUUCUGACAAACUUGACAAACUACAGAAGGGCCUGGUGACAGAUGCUAUCAGAGAUACCAAGUCGCUGCUUGAUACCUACUUGACGAAAGCUGAAGAAUACUACACGAAAGAGCUGAAAUCUCACCUCAACACUCAAGUAAAACAAGCCAUCGAGACGCUCACCACCCACUCGCAAAAGCAAUACUUCUUUUCCACUGUGUCACUGUUAUCAGAGUUCUCCAAUAGGGUUGAGAAGGAGUUGAAGCCGCUGCCGCAAGAAAUAAAAAACGAUUUGGAGAGAGGGCACAAAGGGUUCAUGAAUAAAAUAGAAAAGUAUUUCAUUGGAACGGAAAAAGGAAUUAAAGUCAUUAGGGACAUCAAGACCACGCACUCUCCUCCAGAGCAGUCUCCACUCAGCCAGGCAGCUGCGAGAUUAUACAACGCCUCCAGACGUCUUUGCAAUUAUUUGAAGUCACAGACGGAUUUCAUAUCAGACUUUCAAAAAUACGAGCCCUUGCAUAAUGCUCUUCUAACUUUGCUUGAUGGACUCAAAACUUCCGAACAUUUCAAUCACCAAUUUAGAGAUAACUUGGACACAGUUAAGAUUACUCUCGGCCAACUCGCUCCUCAGCAAUUCGGCACCUCUUCGACGGUCAUGUUACAAGCGCUGAAAGGGGGAAUUGCUGCUUUGGUCGACGAACUUGACAAAGCCUACGUGAGCAGUUACUCCGGGAGACAAUGGCAAGACGAGGAACUGGAACACUACGCGAAAAUCGGCUUGACCAUCACGCCCAUCUUAUAUCAAGAAUUGACUACAUUUAAGCAUGGCCUUGAUAUAUACGAUUGGACCACCCAUAAAAUCUAUGAUGCUCAAGCACCUACCUCCAGCCUCUACGCUCUCUUCUUCCGCGACAACGGGUAUGACGUCCAUCGUCCUGAGAACGCCGAGCAUGGCGAACUGAAUCACAAACGUGACUUCAACGGUAGCAGCAUUCUUGCGCACCUAACUAAUACGAAACAUGAACUGUUCAGUCAACAGUCAUCUCCCGUCACCGGCAUUCGUCAAUCCACAUCCGAGUCGGACGACCUACGUGUAACCAUCGCUGAGGAAAGCGGUCUCAUCCGAAAACUCUAUGAUCUCCUAAAAACGUACUUCCGUGUAUGCCACCUUACCCGUGUUGAGAAACCCAGGGCUCCGUGCUCCAUUUACGAAAUCCUCGUCUGGUGCAACGGCCUGCAGUUCAACCCCGUGUACGGCAAACUGAUGAAGCACAUUGAGUCUGAGUUCAUGAAGGAGGACGAGCAAAUGCCGGGUACUAAAACGCUUCAGCCCUUCGAUGCGCAUCCGUCUCGCUUCCAUCACACUGACGUUAACGAAUAUCUGUACAAGGUCUCAUCUGACUCCCACGCCGUCCUCACUGCUAUCCUAGGCCACGGUCACAAGGACGGAAUCUACGCGUGUGAGUUCUCCAGCAACUCGCUGAAGUUAGAUUACCCUAGCAACAUGAUCCAGUUACUGUGUACGUUGUUCGACCUGCUCAAGCGCCUCUACCACCAGCUGUACUUCCUGCUGCAGCAGUGUCAGCUUACAACUCAGCUCAGCGGCUGGAGGGACUGCCACUACGGCAGGUACAUCGGUGGGUCGGGCUGGCAGUGCAACACAAAGCAAUGCCCUAAGCAAGACUGCGACCAAAGGCACGACCAAAGUGGCAACCAAACGGGUGGCCAAUACCCCAACUGCGGCGUCAAGUCGCCACUGCAAUCGUUCCUGGAGGACGGUCUGAAAGGCCACCUGCCGCAUUCGGUAACGGCUAGGGGAUCCAGUCUGUCAUGUGCCACGUGUGGUAGUACACCUGGUAUGCCUUGCAGAACUCCGAUGGGCUUCGCCGACAUCGGUGCCAUCGCGUCGCAUACGCUGAUUGGCCAAGAUAUAUGCGAUGUGCUUUAUUAUUUCUGUGGCCGUCCUAACUCCCCUCUCACAAGGCUGUGCGGUUAUCUCAACUGCCUUUUGCCUAGUGCGCCGAAAACGCUGGCGGACAUGUUCAGCUUCUACUAUCACCUCACCGAUCGCUGGGGUAUGCAUGGUCAAACGCAUAAACAGCAGGCAUUUGAAGAAAAAGUUAACGCUGCCAAUUUCGGGCGUCCUUAUGGUGAGUUGAAAGUCUACCACUUAUUUACCCCUAGUCACUCAGCAUUGAAGAAGGGCCACUCCGAUGGUAGCCUGGGCAGUCUCGUUUGCUCAUCGAAGGACUCCGUGGUAUGCGGUCCUUUUUUGCGUCCCAUCAAUCACGCCAUUUACGAGACGUUCUCAUCGAAACACGCCGAUAAAUAUUUGUCGUGGAUCGUAUACCUGACGGCAAGCUUUUACGAUCUUCUUAAGAAAUUGUAUGAUGAGUGCAAUUCCAAAUGCGGUGCCAGGGGAUCGAAUUGCCACGUAAAAGCGUGCAUCAAGGGGUGUCCAACUACAACCAUACAAGAUCCGCCGCGAUAUCACCAUCGCGACUGCAAAUCCAUUGUACAGUGCAAUGCUACGCUGCCAACAUUGGCAAAAUACGGCUUCGUUCUCGGCGAUCCAGAGAGGCUGAACAGGGAUGGACAAUCGCAUACAAAACGCACGUGCAGAGAUUUCUGUGAUGUAUUUCGAGAGGCAUUUGACAAAGACUCACAUCUUGUGCAGUUUUUCAAUGCCAUUGAUAAUUUCAUCUUCACCAUCCGCGCCCCUUUCAUCUGGCUCAACGUAGCCCUCUGGCUCCUCUCCUUCCUCUACCUCACCCACAUCAUGGUCAUCCGCCUGGACCUGCUCCACAUCAAAUCUCACUUACACUCACCAUCGUCACAUCGCAUCGCCGCUCAAUCACUACUCGCCGCCGCACGUGUUAACAAGCUUAACAGGGUGUUUUACCUACAACCAUAA